CUUCUAUGUCUCUAAGUUCAGCUUCUCCUUCCCUCCUCCACCUCCGCCCGUCUUCCCUCCUCCAUGGAUUCUCUGAGUCGAUCCUUCAAGUCCCAUGGCUCCCACAAGUACACCUCUUCCCGCACCUUCUCCUACGAGCUGGAGGAGCGGCCUAUCCUUCUUGACAACGACGAUAGCGACCACCAUGGCGAGGUCGUCGUCAAGAUCGACGGUAACAGCCAUGACGCUGGCAUAUUCGACCAGCACUCCCCCCUCCCCGACCGCAGCAGUAGCAACAGCGACGGUAUCAGGGUGUGGAGGGACUCCAGCUACGAGUUCUGGAACGAAGAUGGCAGCGACGGCCACACAGCAGCAGCACGAGGAGGAGGUAACAACUCUGGAGGGUUCAGCUUCAAGAACCCCGAGGCGGAGAGCGCCGAGGACCCGCCGUCGCGGCUGAUCAGAACCUUUCUCUGCAACCAGCGGGCCUCCGGCGCCGAGCUGACCCUCGACAUCGACCUGGACAUGGAGGAACUCAAGAAGCAGUCCUCCUCCCCCUCCUCCAUCUCCGGCUCCAAGGAGCUCCGCGUCUCCUUCCAAGCCCCCUCCGCCGAGACCCACCUCUACCGGUCCUCCUCCAACGAUGACGAUGACGAUGAAGAUGACGACGGCGCCAAUCUCCGCCGACGAAAGCCUUCUGCGAGCCCGAGCCUCGGACAUGACGAAGGCGAUGGUGCCGAGGUGCUACGGUGCACCUCCAACGCUUCCAUCUGCCGUAACUCCACCAUGCUCCACGCCAAGACGCGCUCGAGACUGAUGGACCCGGUGCCUCCGCCGACGGGAACGCCCUCGGCUGCCGGCAAUGACGAGAUCCCGAAGUCGGGGAUGUUCCCGAAGUCGGGCCAGCUCCGGUCGGGGCCGAUCAAGUCCGGGUUCCUCAGCAAGUCGCUGCGGCUGGACGAGGACGAUGAGGACCCGUUCAUGGACGACGACAUCCCCGAGCAGUUCAAGCGGGCCGACUUCAGCUGGAUCACCGUCCUCCAGUGGCUGAGUCUCUUCCUCAUCAUCGCCGCGCUCGCCUGUAGCCUUGCCCUGCAUCACCUGAAGCGCAUGACGCUGUUGGACCUCCACCUCUGGAGGUGGCUCCUCCUCCUCUUCGUUCUCAUCUGCGGCCGCCUCGUCUCCGGCUGGUUCAUCCGGUUAAUCGUCUUGGGCAUCGAGGGCAACUUCCUCCUCCGCAAGCGCGUGCUCUACUUCGUCUACAGCCUCCGGAAGCCCGUCCAGAACUGCCUCUGGCUCGGCCUCGUCCUCCUCUCGUGGCAAUGCAUGUUCGACAACAAGAUGAAGCGCCGGACCACGAGCAACGUCCCGCCUUACGUCACCAAGGUCCUGUUCUGUCUCCUCAUCGCCACCGGGUUCCGGCUCGUCAAGACUCUGCUCGUCAAGGUCCUCGCCUCCUCCUUCCACGUGAGCACCUACUUCGACCGCAUCCAGGAGUCUCUGUUCAAUCAGUACGUGAUCGAGACGCUCUCCGGUCCGCCGCUGAUUGAGAUCCAGAACAUCAGGGACGACGAGGACCGGAUGAUGGCCGAGGUGCAAAAGCUACAGAACGCAGGCGCCCGAAUCUCCAAAGAGCUCCAGGCAGCAGCACUUACCAACAGGAGCGGCAGGGUGAUCGGAAGCGGACCUAUUCAGAGGAGCAGCGCGCGGAUGGGCAGAAGUGUCAAGGUCACGGGUGUCAAGCACCAGGAGGAAGGGAUCACGAUCGACGAGCUGCACAAGCUCAACCCCAAGAACAUAUCUGCUUGGAGGAUGAAAAAGCUGGUGAGGAUCGUGCGGCGUGGGACUCUGACGACGCUAGAUGAGCAGGCGCUGCAGGGGAGCGGGGACGAUGAUUCCCUGAUGCAGAUACGCAGCGAGUACGAGGCCAAGGCUGCGGCCAGAAACAUCUUCAAGAAUGUCGCCAGGCCUGGUGCCAAGUAUAUCUACUUGGUAGAUUUAAUGCGUUUCAUGAAUGAGGAUGAAGCUAUAAAGACGAUGAGCUUGUUCGAGGGAGCACAAGAAAAAAAUAGGGUCAACAGGAAGUCUCUCAAGAACUGGGUGAUCAAUGCGUUUAGGGAGCGCAGAGCUCUUUCUUUGACACUGAACGACACAAAAACAGCGGUGAAUAAACUCCAUCAGAUGGCGAAUAUUGUGGUCGGAAUUAUCGUGAUCGGUCUCUGGCUUCUGAUCCUGGGAAUUGCCACCACCCAUUUCUUCGUUCUUCUCAGCUCUCAGAUUUUGGUAGCAGUUUUUAUUUUUGGUAACACUUUGAAGAUGAUCUUCGAAGCUAUUAUAUUCUUAUUCGUGGUGCACCCUUAUGAUGUUGGCGAUCGCUGCGAAGUGGAUGGAGUUCAGAUGAUCGUAGAGGAGAUGAAUAUCCUGACAACAGUUUUCUUGAGGUACGACAACCAGAAGAUCACAUAUCCGAAUUCCUUGUUGGCCACUCUACCGAUCGGCAAUUUCUACCGGAGUCCAGACAUGGGAGAAUCGAUCGACUUUUGUGUUCACGUUGCAACUCCGGUGGAAAAGAUUGCCGUAAUGAGAGAGAGAAUUAUAGGGUACAUGGAGAACAAGACGGAACACUGGUACCCAAAUCCCUCGGUGGUUCUCAGGGAUGUAGACGACAUGAACAGGCUGAGAGUCUCGAUCUGGAUGAGGCAUCGGAUUAACUUCCAAGACAUGGGGGAGAAGUGGACGCGAAGAGAGCUUGUGCUCCAGGAGAUGAUCAAAGUUCUAAGAGAGCUUGAUAUCGAGUAUCGCUUGCUUCCUGUUGAUCUGAAUGUGCGCAACAUGCCGACUGCCAACUCCGCACGGCUGCCGUCUACCUGGGCGACCUUCAAUUGCUAGACUAGUUUAGGUCACACACUGUCAUGCUGUGACUCGUAGACUUUUUUGACUGAUCCGACAAAUGAGAACAUAUAGAAUAUGUUCCAUUGCGUCCUCGACAGCUUUGUCCAUCUUAGUUAGAGUUGCGAGUGACAGACU